CCACUGUACGCCGUACAAUCGAUAUCGAUAAGCCUAAGCAUCAACGGCUGAUCGAACAGCGGGCGAGGAUCUAGUUGAAUUUACAUAUUUCCUACGAAAACUAUAACUAUGUCGAAAAGUUCUAAAGUUGUUCCGGGAUCAAUUGUCGAAGGGUUUGUGGUGUGCCCCUUCGACAACGUCCAUCGCCUGCUUCCGAGCCGCCUUGCCGUUCAUCUUGUACGCUGCGCACGCAACUUUCCUUCCGCCAAAAUGGUCCGUUGCCCGUUUAAUGUAACCCAUGUCCACUCCGUGGCCGAUAUGAUGACGCACGUCGCAUGCUGCCCAAACCGCUCUACCAUGGUGCACUAUAUGAAUCCGGAAACUCUACCGCCGGUGGAGCCACGACCGGCCGAUUUCUGUGUGCAGUCUGCUGAGGACUGGGAUGCUGAGCCGCCGGCAAAAACAUACAAUCCGCGAACCCAUUGUGAAAAUAACUUUCUUAUCCUCAAUCCCCAGGGAAAUGCUCCUGCGGUGCGCCGAGAAAUUCGCGAGCGCGAACGCCGGCGUUUUCUCCAAAACAACCAGUUCUAGGAAAAUUAUAUUACAUACUAACAAUAUUCAACUAAAGCUAGGAAAUAGCAGUUAUUACUUUUCCUUUUAUUCUUAGCAGAAUAUCGGGACUCAGUUUGUCAUUCUCUUUUGUUUGCAUUUUCGAAAAGAACCGCACUAUCGCAGUGAUGCCACUGUGUUGGGUGUACACUACAAUGGGCGGUAAAUUAAGAAAUAUAUAUAUAAAUCUAUGUUACUAUAUAAAAAAAUGUAUAUCAUUCACAUUUCUCCAAAUUAAGCAAAAUUCAAUAUUUAAAACAAUUAAAUUUAAUACAUUACCGGUUUAUGUGAACACUGAUACCACAAAUAAA